CCUCUCUUUUCCACGAUUAAAUCUACAGCAACCAAGAUAAGAUCUUAAAUAGACCCAAUUCAUAUAAGCUCUUCUUAGUGUAUUUUAUACGUCGAGGAAGUGGAUAUAAUUUACCUAUGUCCAGGUCUUAAGGGGAUAGGUAACUCCUACGAAUCCGCAAACAACGUAAUGGACCUAUCAGCAUAACAUUAUCGCCAAAUAAUAAUAAGAUGUUUUAUACAUAAGCACUAUGUCCUCAAGUGUCAGCCAGACACGGUGGAGUCUACCGUGUCGGGCUGGCACUUGAGGACAUACAUAGUCAGGAUCGGGUUAUGUAGCGGUUGGGCCAUGCAGUACCAGAUAGUAUAACCAUGUAGACCAUGGCACCAUGCAGUUAGUGUAACCACACCUAUGUAUAAAAGAUGGGCAAACGCUCACAGGUUAUCGAGAGCCUCCGAUCUAUUAGCCAAUGAUGGGAGCUUGACAUAGACGAUCCCGCCUUUAAAUUAUAGAAUCAGACAUUCAUUCAGCUAUGUGAGACUCGCACUCCUGUACAUUACAAUCCGUCGUUGAAGAUGAUCGAACACUUUGGAGACACCCUACCAGGAAACUCGGGAAGUCCGGUGAUUAACUCCUCAGGAAACAUCGUUGCCGUGCACUUUGGUUGGGAUUUCGUACACGGCAGGACGGUUAACCUUGCGGUAGCAAUCGAACGUAAUGGUAAUAACAUUACGGCCCUCCGCCAAGCCCUCUUCAAGAUGUUGGCAGGUCCGAGCUCCCCUCCACGACACCACCAGCAAAACGUCAAUGUCCAACAGUUUAUGGAAAUCAGGGAUGCUGGGGGUCGAAUCUUCGCCUGGUAAUGUGGUGGGAGGGGGUAGCGGAGAUGAGAAUACGGUUAUGUGCCACACGAUUGUUAUGAAUGUAGCGUUUGGAUCGGAAAAAGCUAGAGGACAAGGUUAUAGAUGGACACGGC